GGGGUCCAUGUUCAGAUCCGGCACUUUGGGUACGUUGGGGAUGGAGCUGGGGAAGUUGGGGGAAUGUCUGAAGUUAGUUGUUUGGGAUGUGAGUGGGGCUGGGGAAUGUUUGGGGCUGAGGUUUGGGCUGCACCCGGCACUUCACCAGGGUGUCCUGUGUCUUCCUUGGAAAACCUGGUCCUGCUCUCUCUGCCCCCGUGAGAUCUUCCUCGCUGAGGCUGAACUGUAUCUGGCAAGAAAAUCGGAGUCCCAGGAGGCACUGGGAGAGCAUCUGACCUGUCUACAAAAAGCCGAGGAGGAGCGGCAAAGCGCGGAGCUGCUGAAACAGACUGAAGCCGAGCGGCAGAAGAUCAUUGCGGAGUGGAAGGAGCUGCGAGGGUUUCUGGAGGAGCAGGAGCAGCUCCUGCUGUCCCAGCUGGAAGAGCUAGCCAGAGCCAUUGUCAAAAGAAGGGAUGAAGGUGUCUCCAGACUGUCUGGGGAGAUUUCCCUGCUCUCAGGGAAGGGGCAGCGGCAGCCGAGGAGCCAAUCCCCACAGGGUGCGGGAUGCACUGAGAGCAGGGAGGAUGGGCCGUUUCAGAAGCCAGAGCCGGGGUUUGUGGAGCUGGAGAAGAGACUCAGCGAUUUCUCUCUGAAAAGUGCCAUCCUGCAGGAGGUGCUGCUGGGAUUCAAAGAGACUCUGCGACUGGAGCUGGAGAACAACACAGGGUUUCCAGUUUCCAAACCUGAUGAUGUCUCCCAGCUGGAACAAGGGGAAGAGCCAUGGGUCCGGGGUCUCCAGGACUCAGAGGAAAGAGAGAUCCAGGGAGGUGCCUGCAGGGCAGGUGAAGGGACAGUAAGUAAGAACAAGCAGGAGAAUCCUCAGCAGAAAGAUCACGAGCAAGAGGAACCACCCGGGAUAUUUUCAGAAAGAUUUGAAGGGAAUGUUCACUGGAGUUGUGAGCGGAGAAAAGGUCAUGAGAGUCAGCACUGGCCAGAGAGGCAGCUGGGAAAACAGCCGGGGGAUUGUCGGGGAAGUGGCAAGGACCUCCAGGAAACAGCAGCCCAGCAGAGAAUCCCCACAGGAGAGAGAAAAAACACCUGCACUGAGUGUGGGAAAACCUUCAGUAGUCGCUCAAACCUUAUUACACACUGGAGAAUCCACACCGGGAACAGACCAUAUAAGUGCUCCGAGUGUGGGAAAAGCUUCAAUCAGCGUUCAAACCUUAUUAAACAUUGGAGAAUCCACACGGGAAAUAGACCCUUUAAAUGCCAUGACUGUGGGAAAAGCUUCACUGACAGCUCAAACCUUACUCAGCAUCAGAGAACCCACGUGGGGGAGAGACCCUACAGGUGCUCGGAGUGCGGGAAAAGCUUCACUCGGAGCUCAGACCUUAUUAGACAUGAGACAAUCCACACGGGAGACAGACCCUUUAAAUGCUCCAAGUGCGGGAAAAGUUUCAACGACCGCUCAAACCUUAUUACGCAUCAGAGAACCCACAUGGGGGAGAGACCUUAUAGGUGCUCAGAGUGCGGGAAAAGCUUCAGUGUGAGUUCCAGCCUUAUUACACAUUGGAGAAUCCAUACAGGAGAGCGACCCUAUGAAUGCUGUGAGUGCGGGAAAAGCUUUACUCGGAGCUCAGACCUUAUUAGACAUGAGACAAUCCACACGGGAGACAGACCCUUUAAAUGCUCCAAGUGUGGGAAAAGCUUCAAUGAUCGCUCAAACCUUAUUAGACAUCAGAGGAUCCACAAAGGACAGUAGACCCACUGACUAGGGCUGGCCAAAGAUACUCUUGCUAAUUCCCACAUAGAGACCUUUAAGGCUGUUUGCACCAGUUGUGUUACCGCAGUCUCUCAGCUGCCCCACUUUUGCCUUUUGCAGCUCACCCUUUGGGGUGAAUCGCAGGGCCCCUUCUAUCAGCUCUUUUGUCCUGGUAGUGGAGGGAAUGGUAUGCCUCACCUGCCAGGAAUGUCCAUCAGCCCCGGGUGGGGAGAUAGGGGUGACCUCGACUAGCUACACUGAGAUAUAACCUACCUAGGCCGUGUCUCCACUAGGAUUUUCCACGGAGAUAAUUAGCUCAGGUUAAGUAUCCUGAUGUAAAACAUAACUAUUCUUGCAGUGCAGCCAUAGCCCACAGUGGCAAGCAUUAUCUAGCAUGUUCCUCCUUGAUCUGACUUAACCUCCAUCACUUUUCGUAGCCUAGACAAACCCUGGGCAUCACGGUCCCCCACGGUCAGCAGAGUGAUUGUGAGAGGCAUUGAGUUCCCCCUUGGGGACAGAUUGGAUAUGUCUACACUCCAAAAACUCCUGCAGUAGCAAGUCUUAGAGCCUGCCUGGGUCUACAUGCGUGGGCGUAAGCUACAGAUCUAAAAAUAGCCAAGGAAACAGCUGAGGCUGGAGCUUGGGCUCUGAAGCCUGGGGACGGGGCGUUUAGCACUGUAGCAUGAACUGCUACUUCUGUGCUUUUUUCUGCUAAACUGGGAUUGUGGCUGAUGGGAAGUUUGGCUAUUUUUCUCCAUUACAAUGAUGCUAAAACUUCUGAAAAUAUCAUGAUUCAAAAAUAAUGAGAUGGUGCUGAGUGAAGCACAUUUUGGGUGGAUCAGAGGACAACAAAAUGGGAGAAUCUGUUGUCCUGAUUUGAGUCAUCGGAUAUAGCCUGCUCUGGAAUUUUAGUUUAUAUGAAACUAAAAGUGUCUUAUACCCCUUGGUAUUGUCAGUUUCUCUCUCUUUCCUGAAGACCAUUUAAUCACAUAACUGGAUGGCAGUUUUGUGAAACAGAACAUAGCUCAGAUUUAGUGGGGACUUUGAGACAAAUGACCAUUGGCUAAAAUAGUCAUUUCUUUCUUUUUGUUUUUUCCUUGCCCUUCCGUGAUGAUGUGGCCCAAGGGGGAUGUUCACAUGCAGUUCAGUCAUCAGGAGAGGUCACGCUUCAACCUACUGGUCAUGCUACCAUGGAAACAGUAGUGUUUUAAAAUCUCCACUCUGAGAUGGUAAAUAACAGCACACCCCAAUCUGUGCAGCUAACUGAAGUAACUGACUACAAUCACACCCAUGUUCAGCUGGUUAAGGCGGUAUCGUUUCCAAUGGGCUGGGAAGAGAAUUGCAGAGUAAGUGACUUGGAACUAGGGAAAAUAACCGUAUAUGUGGUUCCCAAAGUCGUCGUGGCCCAGGCCCUUCACAUUACUUUUGAAGAUGUUUCCUUCCUAAUCAGGUGCAUGUUGCCUAUGUUUUGGGAAACACUGUCCCCAUCUGUGUGGACGUGGAGAAAAUGGAAGUGGCAUUUUUGCUGAACUUGCCCUUUGUGCAGGUUGCAAACGUGUAUAAAAUGAACUCAGUGUUGAGUGUGAGGUAGUUGUGGAAUGGUGAUUGUUGAACAGAUGCCCCACUUCUGGUGGCUUGCAGGGAUUCUGAUGCAGUCCCUAAUUUAGACCUGUGCCAUCAGAUUAAAGAAACAAAUUGGACAUGUUUGGAGAAGUCUUUCCUCAAUAACACUACUGAGAUUUUGGGUGGUUUGGUAAAGGAUUCUACUCCAGAGAAGUGUAAAUUUACCCUGAUCAAGGCCAAGGAUUUGGCAAGCACUCAGUAAUAGCAGGUACCACUGGUUGGUUUUCAUCCCAGGGAGGGACUCUACGGUGGUCUAUAGCCCAGGUAAAACUAUGUUAAGAACACCUUUCCCUAGGUUAAUGGCAUUGAGUAAGGUCCCUGAGGAUGCCAUAGUUAAACUGGGAACAAUUGUCCAUUACCAUUUGGAGCCAAAGUUUCAAGAGGCAAAGAAAGAAGCCUUCAAAGGACAUUCCUUCCUCAUGGAUCCCAGUCUGGCUCCCUUGGUAGACAACAAGGACUUUCAUGCUGUGUAAGUGAUGAUAACCAAUGAGGGAAUAGAUGUGUCAGAUUCCCAAGUGUAGACAGCCAGAUACAUAAAUGUUGAUUCUCUGCUUUUGUCUCUUAGUUUUGCACGUGUGUUUUGUGCAUCACUUCUCCUUCACGUCCUGCUAAUUUGAAAGAUUAGAAAGUGUGAAAAUAGAGUAGAGGUGUUUGUUCUCAUGAUGCAGACCUUCCCAUAUAGUGUGAGACCCCUUUUACCAACACUGAUAGCAGAAGACCAAGAGAUAAAUGAAUUCAAAGAAGUGGAAGACACCUAUGUUGACACAGAAUGCAAUUUUACCUGGGAUUCACUUGGUAGAACUGGAAAUUAAGAGAAAACUAACACAUAUAAGAUUUUGUAAUCUUUGAAUAUGUUAUUGUUACCAAUGAAAAUGAAAUUAAACAUGAAGUUAAUUAUU